CGCGCCCGCCCGGCAGCCGUCUCCGCCCGUCGCUGGCUCAGCAGCCGGCGGCUCCGACGAAGCGGAGGGCGGAGGGGAGGGGCCGGCGGCGCCCAGGAGGGAGGCACGGGCCGCAGGCCAAGCCGACCGGGGUCACAAUUUGGGUUUGCAGCAAAGAUGCUUUCAGAACAAACAGCAGUCCUGGGGACAGGAUGGGAGUCAAUGAAUGUCCAGCUGGAUGGAACAGAGCCUCAGGUGGAAAGGGGAAGUCAAGAAGAGGGGCCAUGGAGAACAGCACCAGGGCCACUGGAGCACCUGUGCUGUGACCUUGAAGAGGAGCCACAGUCCCUUCAGGAGAAGGCUCAGUCGGCCCCCUGGGUUCCUGCCAUUCCCCAGGAGGGGAGCACCGGAGAUUGGGAGAUGGCAGCUGCACUUCUUGCGGCAGGAUCACAGGGCCUGGUAACCAUCAAGGAUGUAUCACUGUGCUUCUCUCAGGAGGAGUGGCGGAGCCUGGAUCCUUCUCAGACAGACUUUUAUGGAGAAUAUGUCAUGCAGGAAAACUGUGGGAUAGUGGUCUCUCUAAGAUUUCCAAUUCCCAAGCUGGACAUGCUUUCUCAACUAGAAGGAGGGGAAGAACAAUGGGUCCCUGACCCCCAAGACUUAGAGGAGAGGGACAUCCUGAGGGUCACAUAUACAGGAGAUGGCAGUGAGCACGAGGGUGAUACCCCUGAACUAGAAGCAGAACCUCCCAGAAUGUUAUCUAGUGUGUCUGAAGAUACUGUUCUCUGGAACCCAGAGCAGGAUGAGAGCUGGGAUUCCAUGCCCAGGAGCUCCAGAGGAAUGCUCCUGGGCCCACCUUUUCUUCAGGAAGAUAGCUUCUCAAACCUUCUAUGUAGCACAGAGAUGGAUUCCCUGUUAAGACCGCACACAUGCCCCCAAUGUGGGAAACAGUUUGUGUGGGGCUCCCACCUUGCCAGGCACCAGCAAACACACACUGGGGAGCGGCCCUACAGCUGCCUCAAGUGUGAAAAGAGCUUCGGGCGAAGACAUCACCUGAUCCGGCACCAGAAAACCCACCUACAUGACAAGCCCAGCAGGUGCUCUGAGUGUGGCAAGAAUUUCCGAUGCAACUCCCAUCUAGCCAGCCACCAGAGAGUGCAUGCGGAAGGCAAAUCCUGCAAGGGCCAAGAGGUUGGAGAGAGCCCUGGGGCUAGGAAACGGCAGCGGGCCCCACCAGUGCCAAAGUGCCAUGUGUGCACUGAGUGUGGGAAGAGCUUUGGCCGACGGCACCACCUGGUGAGACACUGGCUGACCCAUACUGGGGAGAAGCCCUUCCAGUGCCCUCGCUGUGAAAAGAGCUUUGGCCGUAAACAUCACCUGGACAGGCACCUGCUGACCCACCAGGGACAAAGUCCCCGGAGCAGCUGGGACAGAGGGACAUCUGUCUUUUGAGAUCUGUUUCUGCUGCAGCUGUGGUCACAUCUAUCAGCAGCUGGUGCUACCAGGAGUCUCUCCCAGAGUUGCCCCUCUCCUGCACCCCAAUGGCCAGAAUCAUGAGCCCUGGCUCCAUGCCUGGAAAGAUGAGGUUCCAACAUUGGCCAGACAUUUCUCACCAGUUCUGUGAGAUACCACACAAGAUGAGUUCUUUGGGCAAAACUUUAGGAAACAGUGCUUACUACAUGGGCUGAUAUUCAGCCUGAGCCCAUUCUCAAGGGAGUUUAUUACUGAGGUCCAAGCCGAGUGGUUGGAGCCUAUGCUAUCCCAGUUAAAUAUUUGAGUACCACCUUUGUAUACUGUAACUAUUAUAUCCUCUCUAUAUAUAGAGAGAAAGACCAUAUUAGCAUAUUAAAGACUCUGAGAACUUUCUGGGUACAGGGAAUUGUUAAGCCUCUUUUAAUGCAGUGUUUCCUAAAUUUAUUUGACCUCAGUAUCCUUUCUAUCUUACAUCCCACAGAACUGGUGACUCCAUGAAACACACUGGUGAACACUGGGUUAGAGAGUAAUGAGGAAACAGGAAAGAAAUAGUGAUCAGGUACCCAGAGUCCCCCUUUUUUUAUCCAAAUGAAAGCUGAGGGGCAGACCUCAUUCCUGUGUGGGUCCAUCACCCUUAACCAGAUCAUCGAAAUAUACAUCCACACCUCUUACCCCUACCUCCUGAAAAAUAGAAACAAGAACCUUUUCACCCCCUAUUCCUACUCUCUUCAUCCUCUUCAUACAUAUAUCCAGCUGAGAGAUCACCCUACAUACAAUGCUAAGAGAUGGACUUAUACCCACAAGUAACCCAGGCCCACACGGAAGAAAAAACUUUAUCCCCUUGAACAGACCCCUCUUCUCUUAUCUGUGUCUUUAUGUGUCUAUGUGUAUCUGUGUGCAGGGUCUUUGAAUUCAGAGAGCAUGCAAAGUGCAAACUGUACAAGCUAGAUUUUCUAGGGGCUGUUUUCUGGGGAUGAGGGUAGUAGGGAUUGUAUGGGAGUUUUUGUUUUGUUUCAAGAUAGGAAGUAAGCUGAGCAAUUAAGAGAGCCCUCAUGGAAAGGGUUAAGUGAUGGGUUAAGUUGUGGGAGUUGAGAUAUAAUGUCUUCCCCAGUAUUAGUGAGAUCAAGACAAACGUGGAUAUAUAUGUCUAGGUCUGACUCUCCUGGCCACAGAUUCUUUUGGGCUGGGAGGAGAAAGAAAGACCCAUCCUCAGUGAGGUGAGCUGUUUCUUGUUGAUUUCAAGUAAGUUGCAUAUAGAAGCUUCGUGCUUAGUGGGUUUCUUUGUCUUGUUUUAGUGCUGGGAAAUUAGGGCAGGAAUCACAGUGCUUGCAGGUUGUUGUCAUCAUUCUUAUCUGACCUUGAUUGCCUCAUCAAGGAGACAGUUUUUCUUGGGGAUCUCAUUCUCCCAGAAACAGAACUUGAGGGAAAUGGCUAUGGUUUAGCUUUUCAGCUGAUGCAGGGUAAUGCAUUGGGUUUUCUUCCCAAUUCUGGACAGGUAUCCACACUAAGACUCUUAACUCCAGGACUUACAUAAGUAUUCUAGCAUCUGUUGGUUGAUAAGUUGGUCAUUGUUUUGCUUUAUUGAUAAUGUGUUAAUACCAAGCUUAUAAUUUAAAAAUGAUCUUGUAUGAAAGAGCAGUUUGGGGUUAGGGAGAGAAAGGAGCAAAGUGGAUGAAAGUGGGGUAGUUUCUCUUUAAUGCUUAGACUCUGGUUUGUCCUUAACUUAUUUCUCAACCACAAUUGGUGGAAUUAACUAGAGAGGCAAGAGGAAGUAAGCUGCAAUGAUCUAGUUUAGUGACUGUCCCAUUUGCUUAGGAAAAACUGGGUGAAUCACAGCUCUUCAGAGUUCUGGACCCAGAUGGAGCUGAAAAUAGGGCCAUUUUGUUGACUUGGCUUCUUAGAGUGUAUAUGAGUUGAGCAGCCGAGCCCCUGCCUCCCUUCUGCUGCUCAGAGCAGCCUUCCUUCUUUGCUUGGAAUGUACUGUUCUUGCUUACAUUCCUAGUAAUAGAGCAAAAUGACCAGCCCUUUAUAAAGUCCUCAGAGAAAGGAACAUUUUAGGAUUAGUAUUAGGAGAUACCCCAGGGACUAGGAGAGUAUUGGAUUCCAGUGGUAAAACUGGGCUAUACCAUUUCUUUUACCCUCCCACUACACCUCAUUCAUUAAUGCAGAUCAGCUCUAUGUAAGCAAUGGUUCAGAACCUGUUUUAGAUCAUAGACCCUUUUGAGAAUCUGAUAAAAACCAGAAACUCACUUUUUGAGAAUAACAGACAUUAGCAAUUCACUCUGCUUUAUAUAUACAUUUAGCAGGUUCAGAGCCUAUCCAUGGAAUCACUAAUCUGGGAUCAUAGGGAGUUACCCUGACCCAGUAUGGUCGUUAUAUAUUUGUGUCAAGAAUUACAGGGCAAGGAUCGCUAAAUAUUUUAAGGACUAAGAUAUCAGAGGCAAUAGGGGAUAAAGACAGAGUCUAGUCUUUAAUGACUACAAGAGUAUUGCUUACAUUCUACUUAUAUUUUUUAAAACGAUGACAUGCUAACAAAUCCAGCUCCUCACAAACUUCGUUUUAAAGACCUGUGGGAGGUGACUCCCUGUACUAUCAGAUUACACCUCUUAAUAACCAAAUGUUAACCUCCAGCCUUUGAUCUGUUUUAGUAAAUGUAAGGAGAGUAAGCGAAGCCCCCAAAGUGAGGGGGCAGUCGUAAUACCCAAAUGAAAGGCAUCAUGGAGUCUAAGGGCCUUCUGCAGAAAGGACAUCUUAGGGCAUUUCCGGUAUACCACUGUCUUCUCUACCUCGGUCCAACACCACUUUCCUUGGAUGAAAAAUAAAAUAAGCAACAGCCAUCAGAUGGGUGAAUAGAUUUGAAUGAUUUGUCCCAUAGGGAAUCAGUCUCAAACUCCCAUCUUUCUCCCAACUUGCUUUGCCACGUGUCCACCCAUCCCCUUUAAAUAAAAAAACUGUCUCUGUGUUC